CCUCAGUCUGAGCAGCUUGAAUCCAGAGGAAGGUUCGAUUUCCAGCUACUUUUCCUGGUGUUAGAUAGUUUGAACAAGAUCAAGGAGCGAAGGAGAACGGAUUUGGGGUUGUACUAACAUGGCAUCUAUGAAAACUGUGCUUUAUCUGGGAGUCUGUCUGUCUGCUUGGAGCGUCACUACUGCAGAUAACAACUAUGCGCUCAGAGCACAGAAUGUUCACUGGGUGUCUCUGGACUUCAAAACCAUCCUAACCUGGAAUACCCCAGCAUCUAACUACACAUACACAGUCCUGUACUCUAUGGAUGACAGUGACUGGAUUGAGUGUCCUGACUGCAGCCAAGUGUCAGAGUCAGAAUGUGAUCUGACCAACUACCUCAUACCCUUUAACAGGUCCUACAAUGCUGACGUCCAAACAGAACCUGCGACAAUGAACUAUAACCAUGACACAGAGGAGUUACCUCACACUUAUUCCUCAAAAUUCAACCCCUAUAGAGAAAGCAACAUCAGUGCUGUGAAAUUCAUUGUGGAGGAUGUAGAUAAGAGCAGAGUAAUUGUCAACAUCACAGAUCCUCUGACCAGUAUCCAUCAGCAAGGGAGGCAGCUCAGCAUCAGAGAUGUCCUCAAAAAUGACCUCAAGUACAAGAUCAGCUACUACAAGUCUGGAAGUACAGGCAAGAGAGACAUCAUAUCUGACUCAAGUAUGGCAGAAGUGACGGAGCUGGAUGCAGGACAGAGUUACUGCUUCAUCGUAGCAGCUUACAUUCCCUCCAGACCAAAAUCCACCCAGUACGGAGCCUGGAGCGAACAGUGUUGUAUACAUGGACACACUACACAGGAGCUGAGUCUUGGAGCGUGGGUUGGUGCAGUCUUUAUCCUGCUCACAGUCAUCAUCAUCAUCAUCAUUACCGUGACGGUCUUCUGCUGCAGAUGCUGCCAACAAAGAAGCAACACCAUGCACACAACUCAGUCAUCGGCACCUGUUUAGUAUGUUUGUGGGUGUUUUGGUGUCUUUCAAAGACAGAGAGCUGGUCUCCCUUCAUUUUUCUAUCUCCUCGCUUUUUUCUAGGAAAACAUUAUUUUACAUUGCUAUGUUUUAUUUUUUUUAGAGUGUAUUGUAGUAAUUAUUUUCUUAUUUCAUUUUAAAAUUUACAUUAAAAGUGAACAUGCAGAAUGCUAUGACAGCUCAUAACAAUUCUGCUUUUCAGGUAAUACUACAUCUUCAGCACCACCUGUGCACUUAUUGCAUUUGUCCAAUGUGUUUUAAAUGGCCCCUGUGGACCCACAAUCCCUAGUACAUCAAAAAUCAUGUAAAGCUUAAUUUUAGAAUAUCGAAUGCUGACCAUGAAAGCAUUGUCAACUUAGAAGAGUUUUGUCAGAAACUAAUUAAGAAGACUCAAAAUUUGGUUUGUCUACUCAUUAGAAUGUAUGAGUGCAGACUAAAUGUAUAACAAUCCCUCACAACUUUAUCCGCAAAUCUUAACUUCUCUUCUUCUUUUAACCCAGUAUACCAGUCCAGUUAACCUCACACUGUUUUCCCCAAACAUGCUUUUCAUCAUUUUAUGUACUGCCAUCUCAACUUCCCCUUAAAGUUCUGUCAGGACCAAAUACAAAUAACUAUGAUCAGUACAGUAACUGAAGCUCUUUUGUGUUAACUACUCUACAAAUCCAUAUUCUACUAUACUUUUAUCCUGAUGUGGUAGAACUCAUUCAAAUUAAUUACUCUAUUUUUUUUGUCACAAGAGUGACUUUUGUUGAACAAAAGGAUGAGAAAGCAAUAAAACAAUAAAAAUGUAAAUGUAAAAAUUUCCGUUAUUUUCUUAAUUUAUUUACAAUAACAUUGAAUAGUAAUGUUUAACAAUCAGCACUGAAUAAGAUUUUAUUUUAACAUAGUUUUAGUAUUAUUAACAAGGUGUCAGAGGUUGAUAUAUCUGAACCCCUUGUCGACUGGUCAGGUCUGUAUCUGACUGAACUGAAACAAAUGAAAGCUGUUUCCUGUAGUGACAAACCCAAAGAGAAUCAUCAACAAUCUCAAAAGCUCAACUCAAAAAGCUCUAAAAAGCUACUGUCUACUACCUGACCAGCAGCAAACAACAGACAGACACAGUCAGAGACCAACUGGUGAACAUAGUGGAGCAUUUAGCAGCUAAAGAGCCAGAUGUUUACCUCAGGAGCUGGUGGAGAGAUGGAGUACUGGACCUAGAUUCAUGAGGUGGACACAAACACCAUUCCAGAUGAAUCAUAAUGUUGCUUUAUGACUGUUGGAUGUGGAAAUAGGCAACUGUUUGAUAACACGUUUUCUGUAGCUACAAGGUGAUGUUGUUUCUGGGUGUUGUACUACUAAGUGGCCAACACAUUAUUAGAGGUAUAAGCUUUAUGUGACACGUUGUGCUUCUUCUAUAGAUAUGAUCAUUUGUUGAUCUGAGAAUGGAAGUGUAUUCUGUUGCAAACUGCUGCUCACAGACAGUAUCUGAUAGUGGUAACUGCUCUGUCCUGUGUCUGGAUAGGCAGCAUUGACACAAAAAAGUGUAAGAUAAAGUAGAAAACCUGUUGGAGCUUGGCCCCUUAGAGACAAGGCAGACCACACGAUGGAAUUACAGAGGAGGUUUAUUUCUUGAGUUUUCCAACAUAUAAUGUUACAUUUAGACAGCAACACAUACUACAUUACAAAUAAAUGUAUUAUCAUCACAUUGUUUUUCAUUGUUUUUAAGUAUCAUUUCACCCAACCAUGGCUUUUAAAGUGCAUACAUAUGUAUCGUAGAAAACACACACACUGGGAAAAAAUGAAAAGCUCCAGAAGGAAUUUUUUCUUCUCUGUCUAACAAUAUUACUGUUCUGACAGCUGCUCUUAUUAGUAUUUUUACCAUGUCCAUGUCUUACUCAUUUAACAGAUAUUAUAAGCAGUAAACAAAGAAAUACAAAAUAAAUUAAUAAAUAUGUCAGUAAAAAUAAUUUAACUGCCAUAAAAUAAAUAAUUGCUGAUCUCGUCAUUUUUACAGUGAACAAAAUGACAUAUUUAUUGUGCUACAUGUGUGUAUGUACAGUGAUACAUUUUCAACAUUUCUUUGUAGUAAGGACACAGAUACCAUUUAUCUGUCAAAAACUGGUUUAGCCUUGCAAAGCGGCAGGCUGAUUUUACUUCAGUCAAAUGGGGAACACUUGUGUAUCCGCUCAUGCUUCAUGAGGAAACGCCUAGAAAAUUUGGAAUUGUUCUUAAAUCUUUUGUACAAUUUUCUUAAGAAGAAAAUCUGGUCAUAUGAGUGGUUCUUUUAUGAAACUCUGUAAUAUUGACUGUAAUUUGGAUCUCUAUCAGGUUUUGACAAAAGAAGAUGUUGGCCCAGCCUAUAGCCAGAUUAUAAAACAGAAAUUGGGUCAAACAGGAAGAUGUUUCGAAUUUUUUUGGUUUGUUCGGAUAACCAGAAUAAGAAGUGGGUAGUUAGCGUGAGCAGUGGGGGCUCCACCUACAGAGACUGUAUAACAGAUGAUCCAAGCACAUCGUGUGAUUAGAAGAUGAACAACCAAACAUUUCUUGCGAAGCGAUAUUACUUGGUCAUCAUAACAGCAGAUAUUGUUACAUUUUGAAUUAAUGCAUUUUAAGUAGAAAAACACAUCUGAAAAUGGGAAUAAAACAUUUUGACACAUACACCAUCCUGUCCAUAAAACCAGCAGAUUGUCCCAUCUGUCAAACUGAGGUUUCUUAUAGGCCUACACUUUUUAAUGUCUUGGUGAAACACUGUGUAAAUGAAUUUGCAUGUUUCUUGACUGCACAUGUUUACAGAAUGUGAAAUCAAAGAAAAGCAAAGUACUAAUGAGGUAGGUGUGCAAUGAAACUUAAUAUUAAGUGAAAUAUUCCUUUAGUGCCUGCUAAGACUGUUCCAGUGUGAAGGUAGACUGUCAUCUGAUAUAUAUUCAUCAUGGGAAUUGGAC